CACAUACACAACAGACACCCAUCACCACACAUACACAACAAACACCCAUCACCACACAUACACAACGAAUACCCAUCACCACACCACAACGAAUACCCAUCACCACACACACACAACAAACACCCAUCACCACACACACACAGCAAACACCCAUCAACAAAACACCCAUCACCACACAUACACAACAAACACCCAUCACCACACAUACACAACAAACACCCAUCA